AAGACGAACGACAAUGUCACAUUGAAGUACUUCGAUACAGGCGCGGCGGAGGAGGGAGAAGAUGAUAAACCUUGGUUGAUGUUGGUGCGUUGCGUCUCGUUCUGGUCCCUUCAAAAAGGCGCUUCUAUUUCUUGUUUAAUGGGAGCUGUGUUACUUGAACACCCUCGGAGUAGUUCUCUUAGGAUCAAUAGAUGUAUAUCUUCUUCAACUUUUAGCAUGAGAUGAAAUGAACUUCAACCCAUCCUCGAAUGACAAAGUCAUCAUCAGCUCUGAUUCCAAGCCCCUUUAUCUCUUGUGUUUUACUCCUGCUGCCACCUUUCCAUUUCUUUCGCUAUUCCAACCAGAUCCACGGCUUCACAGGCUCCUCUCUCGUCUGGCAGCGAAACAUUCCAACCUUCUCUCAAGAACACCGCGUAAUCGUCCCCGACCUACGGGGUCACGGGGCCAGCGACAAGCCAAAACACGGCUACCACGUCAGCCGGCUAGCCAUGGACCUGCGUGAGCUCCUAAUCCAUCUCGAGCCCUCUCUCCUGGAUGGAAAGUCCUCAGGAUGGAAAUCAAUAGGCGGAAGUCUGGGGUGCUCAAUCCUCUGGUGCUACGCCGAACUCUUCACCACCUCCCCCUUUAACAGCAUGGUAUUUGUGGAUCAGUCGCCGCUCCAGAACAGCACGUUAGACGGCUGGGACUCCCAAUUCUGCAACCGCGGCCUGAACAACGCCUCCGCUCUCUCCGCUCUCCAAACGACUCUGUUGCUUUCUCCCGAAACAGCACAUAAAGGCACAAUCGCCUCUUGCCUCAGUUAUCGCUCACACCCCCUUCCUCCUCCUGCUCCGAAAAUCUCGCCUCAGACUCAAGCUGCCGAUGAGGAGUUCUUUCUAAAAGAGGCGAUGAAAGGAGACGGUGAGUGGUUGGGCAAGUUAAUGGCCGACCAUACCAGUCUCGAUUGGAGGGAUAGCAUCGCUGCGUGUUUUGGGAAAGGGAGUGGGAGUAAGACGCUCGUGUUGGUGGUUGCGAGUAGUAGGAGUGGGUGUUUUCCUGCUGCGGGGCCGUUGAAGGUUGUGGAUUUUGUGAAUGGAGGGCAAAAAGAGGGGUAUGGGGUGGCUCAGGGUGUUACGGUGGACUGGGGUGGCCAUUGGUGUUAUUGGGAGAAUCCGGAGCGGUUUGAGAGGUUGGUGGAGAGGUGGUGGAAUGAUGGGAGUGUGGAAUAGGGGGAACGCUAGAUAUGGAGACGAGGAAGAUGUAGUCACGGUUCCCAAGGGAGGACGGAGAAGAGAGUAAGAGGGCGUAUUGAAGCUACAAAAAUACAGCGGUAGAAUGAUCCCCAAAUAUCAAGGGGCGAGCCAAGAGAUCCCCAUUUGCUUUCUGUCCAUCUCAUGGAGAACACUCACUCUUCGAUCUUUGGAUCUCCAGCAUGGAAAUUACGGUCAGAAUGACGUCCGGGACGCCUCAAAAUAUCCCUCCCUUGUACAAAACACUUCACAG